UUUAUUUUAGUUUCGGUUUCAUCAGUGUCCCGCAGGUCUUUGGGUGGAGCAGCUCAUUCACGUGGUUCGGGUGUGGAAACAACCAGAGACUUUGAGACAUUUCUCGAACUUUCCUCACGGUUUCAAAUAGGGACGUGCCGCAGCGAGGCACUGCAUAAAAACCGCAGGUGGAUGAGACAACAGCUCUGCAAGAAAUUUAUCCUGAGACCUAUUUGCUAAGAUUAUUUUAUCAAGUUGAUGCGAACCGAACUAAACUAAAAAAAAACACCGCAACGCAAGCAGGACUGCUCUGAAACCGCUGUUUUAUUUUUGGAGGAUAUCUACUUAAAGAAAAUAAACUCUCAAUGGUGAAGAUGGGGAAAGAUUAUUAUAGUGUUUUGGGGAUUCAGAAAGGCGCAUCUGAUGAUGAGAUCAAGAAAGCGUAUCGCAAACAAGCGCUCAAAUACCAUCCGGACAAAAACAAGUCGCCCAGCGCCGAGGAAAAGUUCAAGGAGAUCGCGGAAGCGUACGACGUGUUGAGUGACCCGAAAAAGAAAGACAUUUAUGACAGGUUUGGCGAAGAAGGACUGAAGGGAGGCAUCCCUGGCGGUGGAGGAGGCGGUGGUAAUUUCACCUACACAUUCCAAGGUGAUCCUCAUGCAAUGUUUGCAGAGUUUUUCGGAGGCCGAAACCCUUUUGAGCACAUUUUUGGCCGUAAUGGUGGCAUGGAUGAGAGUAUGGAUACUGAUGACCCAUUUGCUAGUUUUGGCAUGGGUGGCAUGGGCGGUUUCCCACGCUCCUUUAACACGCGAGGUCACGGCGGGAGACUGGAGAAAAAACAGGACCCUCCAGUGACUCACGACCUGAGGGUCAGUCUAGAAGAAGUGUUGACUGGCUGCACCAAGAAGAUGAAGAUCUCCCGCAAGCGCCUGAAUCCUGACGGAAGAACGACACGCUCUGAGGACAAGAUCCUUACAGUGGAAGUGAAGAAAGGCUGGAAAGAAGGAACCAAGAUUACGUUCCCCAAGGAAGGUGAUGAGACGCCAACAAAUAUCCCCGCAGAUGUGGUGUUUGUGGUGAAGGAUAAGCCACAUCCAGUGUACAGACGAGACGGAUCGGACCUAAUUUAUCCUGCAAAAAUUACACUCAAAGAGGCACUUUGUGGUUGCACGGUUAACGUUCCGACGCUGGAUGGUCGCACGGUCAACUUAACAACUCAAGACAUUGUUCGCCCCGGGAUGAAACGGCGUGUCACCGGAGAAGGUCUUCCUCUUCCAAAAUCCCCAGAUCGCCGUGGGGACUUGAUUGUCGAAUACGAGAUCAAGUUUCCCGAAAGAUUGAGCCAGAGUGCUAAGGACACUAUUGCAAGUGUUUUGCCAGCUUCUUGAGCUGUGUAUACUACAAUGCUGGAGCCGUUGCCAUUGGGAAUUUUUGGUUUCAUAAUAUAUAAAGGAUGAAUAUUUGAGCUCACCCCAAUAACAAGCCCUCGAGCUGCCAAAAUUGUUGAACUGUUAUUCUGUAAUGUACUGCCAAUGAGAGACUAUCUGAAUCAAAACAUAGCUGGACUAGACUGGUUUAUUUGUCUGUGUCAUGUACAUUUUGAACCCAUGUUUCCUUUGGGUCAAGUCCAGCAGAAAGUCUCCAGCUGCGACCUCUUGGUCAGCAUUGUGUUGUGAACUACACACAUUUAAGUUUACUUAUUCCAUAGGUGUACAGUAGAGUAUGUUGAGAGUAUGUUGUGAAUAAUAUAGUUUUCUAUAAGCAGUCUAAUCCUUUGGAUACUUCAGGGAUGUCUUUCUGUGAAAGCAGCCUGUACCUUUUCUUCUAAUACGGUCUAAUGUGACCAUUUAGGGAUGCCACGUUAUUUCCAAUAUAGUGGUGACCCAAAGUGAUCCAUGCUUGGAUCCUCCCACUUCUAAGAACGUGAAACAGCACUUGAUACAGACGUUACAUGUUCAGAAACUCAAAAGCUCAAACAAAGUCAGCUAGAUGACAAAUUUAUAAAUAAAAUGAAAUAAAUAAUUUUAAAAGAUUCAAA